AUGAGCAUCAGCAGCGGAUGGAUCGAUAUUGAGAAGAAAUACUAUGCCCAGACCGUGCGCCGCCAGCCGGUGGUCAUCGUCCGCGGCGAAGGCACUGAGGUCUGGGACGCCGACGGCAAGCAGUACCUGGACUUCGUCGCUGGAUGGGCGGUCAAUCAGUUGGGCCACAGCCACCCCGCGAUAACCCAGGCCAUCGCCGAACAGGCCGGCACCCUGAUCCAGACCUCCAAUCAGUUCUACACUGUGCCCCAGCUCCAGCUCGCCGAGAUGCUCAUCGAGAACAGCUGCCUCGACCUGGUGUUCUUUGGCAACAGCGGCGCCGAGGCCGUAGAGGGCGCGAUGAAGUUGGCCCGCCGCUACGGCAAGCUGAACCGUGACGGCGCCUUCGAGAUCAUCACCGCCUUCAACUCUUUCCACGGGCGCACCCAGGCCACAGUGGCCGCCACCGGCAGCCCCACUAUCAGGAGAACUUUGCUCCGCUUCUGCCGGCUUCGUGCACGUCGACUACAACGACGUCGAGGCCGUGAUCAGCGCUACCACCGACCGCACCGCCGCCGUGAUGGUUGA